UCACCAUCUUUAUCCUCUCUGCCAGGUGCACCUCCAGCUCCACAAGAUGUCCUGCUACAACCAGUGCCAGCCCUGUCUGCCCUGCCAGCCCUGCUGCCCGACCCCGCUGGCCAACAGCUGCAAUGAGCCCUGUGUCAGGCAGUGCCAGAACUCCGUCGUCGUCAUCGAGCCCUCCCCCGUGGUGGUGACCCUGCCCGGACCCAUCCUCAGCUCCUUCCCGCAGAACACCGUUGUGGGCUCCUCCCCCUCCGCUGCCGUUGGCAGCAUCCUCAGCUGUCAGGGAGUGCCCAUCAACUCUUCCUGCUGUGACCUCUCCUGCAUUUCCAGCCGCUACUGUGGCAGGAGGUGCAACCCCUGCUAA